CGGCGGAGGACCAGGAGGAGGAGGAGGCGGGAGCCAGUCGCCGCCGCCGCCGCCGCGGGACCCGGAGUCCGCAGCGCAGCUCGCGGCCCCGCCGCAGCGGCUCCUGCACCCGCGGGGACCCCGCGCUCGGGGCUCCCCCCGCUCCCUUUCAAUGAAGACAUUCAAAUGUUGUUUUAAAUACCACCUAAAGCAGAAAGUUUUCAUCCUGUUUCUAACCCUAUGGCUGUUCUCCUUGUUGAAGCUUCUAAAUGUGAAACGCCUCCUCUUCCCUGAAAGAGGCAUUUACUUGGUUGAGUACUCGCUAAGUACCUCGCCUUUUGUAAAGAACAGAUAUACCCACGUUAAGAAUGAAAUCGGGUAUGAGAUUAACUGUUCAGGUGUCUAUGAACAGGAGCCUUUGGAAAUCGGCAAGAGUCUGGAAAUAAGAAGAAGAACCAUCAUCGACUUGGAUGAUGAUGAUGUUGUGGCAAUGACCAGUGAUUGUGACAUUUAUCAGGCCCUGCGGAGCUACCACGAAAAGCUUGUUUCAAGGGAGGAGAAAAGCUUCCCAAUAGCCUAUUCUUUGGUUGUUCACAAAGAUGCAAUUAUGGUUGAAAGGCUAAUCCAUGCUAUAUACAACCAGCACAAUAUUUACUGCAUCCAUUAUGACCGUAAAUCAUCUGAUACCUUCAAAGCUGCCAUGAACAAUUUAGCUAAGUGCUUCUCUAAUAUUUUCAUUGCUUCCAAAUUAGAGAUUGUGCAAUAUGCACACAUUUCCAGACUCCAGGCUGAUUUAAAUUGCUUGUCAGACCUUCUGAAGUCUUCAGUUCAGUGGAAAUAUGUAAUCAACCUGUGUGGGCAGGAUUUUCCUUUGAAAUCAAACUUUGAAUUAGUGUCAGAGUUGAAGAAACUCAAUGGAUCAAAUAUGUUAGAGACAGUGAAACCCCCUAACACUAAGAUGGAAAGAUUCACUUAUCACCAUGAACUCAGACAGGUGCCUUAUGAAUAUGUGAAACUACCAGUGAGGACAAACGUCUCCAAGGAAGCCCCCCCUCAUGACAUCGAGAUAUUUGUUGGCAGUGCUUAUUUUGUUGUAAGUCGAGCAUUUGUUAAAUAUGUUCUCAACAGCUCCCUCGUUAAAGACUUUUUUGCCUGGUCUAAAGAUACAUACUCGCCCGAUGAGCACUUUUGGGCUACCUUAAUUCGGGUACCAGGAAUCCCCGGGGAGAUUCCUAGGACAGCCCAGGAUGUGUCUGACCUACAGAGUAAGACCCGCCUGGUCAAAUGGAACUAUCUAGAAGGCCUUUUCUAUCCCAGUUGUACUGGCUCUCACCUCCGAAGUGUGUGUAUCUAUGGAGCAGCAGAACUAAGGUGGCUUAUGAAAGACGGACAUUGGUUUGCUAAUAAAUUUGAUUCUAAGGUGGACCCUGUCUUGAUUCAAUGCUUGGCGGAAAAGCUUGAAGAACAGCAGAGAGAGUGGAUCACUUUAUCUUCAGAAAAGUUAUUUAUGGCUAAAACAGCCACAACCACAUUAGGGUAAAGUCAUGAUGGAAAUAAGGUUAAUAUGGAAUUGCAUGCUAUACCAUGGCCAGUACCAUUUGCGUUUAACCUUCUCAUAGUCUGAAAGGUGUCUACCGUUCCACACACAAGGGAAAGUGACCUGGCCUUUAGUGACAAUUAGUCUGUGGUUGGUUGGGUGUUUUUAUGUAUGUUUUUGCUUGUAAUCUCACUGAGCUAAAUGGGAGAUUUUCAACAGUCAGUAAUCUGAUAUCUAUUGAGUUCCUGCUAUAUGCCAGGCACUUUUUUUAGAAACAUGUAGGAAUUGCAUCCAAGUUGUGAUGAGUUAUACAGUGCCCUCAAGGAGCUGUGGCUUACCCCAAUCACACAGCAACCUUAAUAUCUUAAGUUGUCCACAUAACAGGGUCCCACUGAAGAAGCUGUGGAGUGUGCGGUAAUUAUAUAACCAUAAUAACCACCAGUUUCAGAGCAGUGUUGACGUACAGUGACCAACAUUCCACUUGCCUCUUAAUUCAGCUCCCUAGACUUUUCUUAACCAUUAGAAUAUUAGAAGGAGAGACUCUACUACCUCAGAAGAACUAAAAGAAUUGUCCAAUUUCCUGCUUGCCAAAAGCAUAACUUACCUUAUGGUACCUCACUUAUUCAAUUCAGGGUUGGGUGACUCUGUUGGGGGGGCAUUUCUAGUGUAUGGAUGUUAGGGAGGGGGUGAAGUUAAGUCGGAGGAUUGGGACGGGUGGUGCCUGAGGAGGAACAAAGGGAUUUGGGUGACUUUUCCAUCACGUUACGCAAUGGUGUCAUGAAUGACCUCCUUUGUAAUUCAGCUGUUUCUUUAAUACAUUUACUGAUUAAAGUUAAAAACUGAUUAACAGUUCAAAGUGUCACUCUCCAGAACAUUGAACCUAAGUCUUUCUGUUCAUAGAUUAUCAUUAUAUGUAAGUUUUUUUUACAAUGGAAUAGUAUAAUUUUGUUUUGUGGAACUGUCAAGCUAAGAAUCACUAAAUUUUCUUGAAAAGGUUGUGUGAAAUAUGACAGCUUACUAAAUUAACUAUUAGUCAUUAAAAUAAUGUACUUACUUCUCCGGCAACUGUCAAGUGGAGUCCAAACGUAAACUUAUAAAAGCUCUAAGUUCGUUGCAGUCUUCUCAGCUUCAAUCCAAGAGAGAAAAAACUAAUUUUCCUAAGGACAUAGCAAGAAUAAUCACUAAUGAUAUUUUAUGAAAACUACACCUUAGAAAACUACCAAAAUCAGUCAAAAUAUACAUAUAUUUUCAUGUAACUAUUGUGCUGGAGGUGAAAUGGGACAGGAGUGGGGUCCUCAGAACAGGCUAUAAUAUUUUUAUGUCUCCUGGGAAAUAAUGGAACUCAUGUAAGAAAUUCUCCAUGAUCUUAUGUUUCAACGUCAGCCUCAAUAACUACGUAAAGAUGUAGUAAUCAAGACCGGUAUGAGACUGUUGGAAGACAAGUGUUUAAAUGUUUUCAAAUGUCUGUGUUCUACAUGUGAAAUGCCUUUUGCUUGUUUUAAAGUUUAUGAUACAAUCUGCCAAGUGGCACCAUUUCUCUGUCCCUUUCUUUUUCUCCUGAACUUGUUUGUUUUCCCUUUUUUUCCCCUACCCCUUUCAAAUUACCAGUUUGUCCAUGUGUGUGACCGUGACAAUCUAAUCACUAUCAUCUCCAGGAGCCUCAGUUUUCUUGGUCUAUAAAGUGAACAGUUGGAUGUAUCCUUGGCUUCCUCACACAUUUCUGUGUGAGAAUCAAUUGAAAUAAUAUAUAAAGUGGUUUGAAAAUGAGGACAAACUAUUGAAAUAUCAGCGAGCAGUCUUACUAUGAGGCAAACAUAGGUCUAACCCCAUUGUGACACUUAACCAUUUACCUUUUCUAAAAAACCUUCGAAAUACAAAAAGAAGCCACAAUUGCAGGGGCAACUUUUGUAACAGAAUCCAGGUACUAAGAAACCCCUGUCACCACAUCUGGGGCUCCUUUUAAACGAAUAAGAUUAGCCAAUUGGUCCAGUGGCUUAGAUCAGGAGUAGGGGUAGAAAUACUUUUCCUACUAUCCAGGCUUAAAUACACAAAGCCCUGUCGAAAUCUUGUUUUCUAUGCCUUUGGUCGUCAGAAUAAAUGAAAAUGAUGAAACAUAAAUAUCGACCUCCUGGUCUGGUGUCUUGCCUCCUGGUGAGAAAUGAUUCUAUCCCUUGUUUAUUGGGAAAUUUUCCAGUGGUUAAUCACUUUAAUGCCAUAUUCAAAUGAAACAUGGCACCAGGAAGAGGCAGCAGUGCCUUCUCCACAGGGACGUAUUUCUCAGGAUUCAAUUCCUGACAUUCCAGGGAGCUUGUGAGAUCAUUCUCUCUUGCCUUGGAAAUCCUGCAGAUUCCCUGCAUGUCUUCAAACCUCCAUCAAACCUGAUUCUUCCCUAAAGCAAUUUGGGAUGAUUCUCUCUAGUCUGGAGAAUGUUCUGCAGUCUGUGUUUUAUAAUUAUUCUUUGCAUAGUAUUUAUUGAAUCUAGAUUAUCACUUGGCAAUGAGACCAGGACCUCGGAGUUUGUAAAUUAUAUUAGAUAAUAGUGAAAGAGCUACCCAAAUGUAUCUACAUUAUGUGAAUAAUCUACUGUAAUAAUAUUUAAAGACCAGUGUUGCUGCUAUUUUUAAUGUUUUGGUUAUUUUAAGUGAAAUAUAUGUAAUGUUUUAAACUUAGGGAAUUAAAUUUGAAGAUUUUUCUUGCCUUCCAGAAUGUGAAUAUUAUACAUAAAUAUAUAUAUAUAUAGACAUAUUGCAGAGAAAACAAAAUGACAAUCUUUUUUGAGAAUGUAAAGUGAAUGUACUCCAUUUAUGCUAUAACUGUUGUUGUUGAUGAUGGAAUGAGUUUUGAUUUUUGUUGACAUUUGUAUCAACUGGUCUCUAAAUCUCCUAAUUUUUUUUUGUUUUUUGUUUGUUUGUUUGAAAGACUUAUUUCUCAUUGUAUGAGUUUUAAGUAGAUUGGUUUUGCAUUUUUGUAUUAUGCUGCUACUAGAUGUUAACUCUCCAGUACUGUCCAAUAAAAUGUGCUCCCAAAA